AUGGAGCCGCACCUCUCCAUCUCUCCCAUGGCGCCAGCUGGAGCCAACGAGGUCAGUCCGCGGUCAGAUCUGCCACGGCCACAGAGGGCCUUUCGGAUCCGCGCCGUCGUCGAGCUUGAUCCGCGCCCUCCCAGGCACACCAUGGCCGACGUCCUCAAGGAGGAGGAGGAGGAUGACCAGGACAUGCGCGACCCCACACCCGGGCCUGACGAGCUUGAAGAGGAGAUCGCCGAGUCCGACCUCAAGCUCGACCAUGACGGUGUCGUCCAUCCCGACCACGACGACGCGCGACAGAAGCGCCCUCCCCAGCAGCAGCAGCAGCACACGAUGAGCGGCGCGAGGUGGGCGGCGAGGCCGGCGACCUUCACGGCGGCACAGGACGAGGAGUUGGAGCAGCAGGCGCUCAUCUACAAGUACCUCGUCGCCGGCGUCCCCGUCCCGCCGGAUCUCCGCCUCCCCAUCCGCCGCGGCUUUGACUCCCUCGCCUCGUGCUUCUACCACCACCACGCCCGUGCAAAGAUUGAACCUCUCAAUGUGAUAUUUGGCCACGAGGGAGGUGGUGAUCAGGUGAACAACAUAUGCCUGGAAGACCUCUGGCCCAGCUCAACUCCAUCUCCAUGCACCUCGGCGAGAUCGUCGGUAAUGGACGCCGCCUGCCUCGUAUCAUUCUUUCUGGAUAACAUUCUAGUGUGGCAACAUUUAGUAAUUUACAGCUGCCUGUUUAUGGUGCUAUGCAAACUCUGA